AAAAAGGGAUUGCAUUGAGAAUUAAUUAAGUUACUUAAGAAAAUGCAUAAGUUCGUGUUGCUCUUAUUGGCGGUAGCCGGUUCCUCUCUUUCAAUACCAUCGUCAGAUUCCAAACUAACGAUAGUGAAUGAUAAAUAUUACGUGUCAGAUAUUCAGUUGGAGUUUUUGCAAGCAUAUGCCCUUUGCAAAGUAAACCACAUGACGCUUGCUACUGAAAUUGAUGUGGCAGAAACCAUAGAAUUAAAUAAUUUGCUGACAUCGUUAAAGGCUACGAAUUUAUAUUACUUACUAGGAGGAUUCUAUCAGAAUGGUGGUUGGACCUACCCGAAAUGGAUAUGGUUGGACUCGGCGGCUGUUAUGAACUACACAAAUUGGUACGGAGAUGCUCCUGUUUCACCACAAGCUUCGUGUAUCGUGAAAACCCCACUGUCAUCGUCAACACUAAACGGAAAAUGGACACUGGCUUCUUGUACUACUAAGUUUUAUUUUAUUUGUAAAAAUAAUACUAAUAACUAAAUAAAAUAAUAUUUAAUUGGA